AAAAGCCUCAUUUCUCAUACAUCAAUGGAGGUUUUAUUGAUGAAAACGUCAAGGGAAGAUGCUGCUGUUAAGCAAGAAGAAAACACUACUCAAACUGUCUGCCAUGAAGAUGAUUGUUGUCCAAAAGAUAGCCAGGAGAAAGAAAUUGAAUCAGCAAUGGAAGAAAAUGAGAGGUUGAAGACGAUGAUAAAGCAAAUCCAGGAGAAUUACAAAUCUCUUCAACUGCGUUUCUUAGAAAUGCUUCAACAAGGAUCCGCCAUUGAAGGUGCAGAAGAACCCGAACUUGUUUCACUUUCCCUUGGAAGAAGUCCAACUGGUUCCAAAAGAGAUGAUCAAAAGAGGACAACAAUCAACAGAAAAGCUGAAGCAGAUGAUGAUCAUAACAUCAAUGGCGGUCUAACUCUGGGAUUAGACCCUAAAUUUCUAUUGUCUACUAAAAAUAAUUCAGAGUUACCAAAGGAAGAAGAUGAUACAGGGCAGGCACCGAGCAAAGUUCAGAAGACAACAAGUGGGGAUCAUGAAGAGGCUGUAGGACAUAAAAGCCAAGUAAAGAGAGCUAGGGUUUCUGUAAGAACCAGAUGUGAAGCACUAACGAUGUAUGAUGGGUGCCAAUGGAGGAAAUAUGGACAGAAAAUAUCAAAAGGAAAUCCAUGUCCCAGAGCUUACUAUCGUUGCACAGCUGCACCAGGGUGUCCGGUAAGAAAACAGGUGCAAAGAAGUGUUGAGGAUUUGUCCAUCUUAACCACAACUUAUGAAGGGAACCACAACCACCCAAUUCCAGAAUCAGCCACGGCCAUGGCUUCCACCACUGCGGCAGCCGCUUCCAUGCUGUUAUCGGGCUCAUCAAUAUCUCAACCAGGCCUAAAUUCAGCUACCACUCUCUCAACUGAACUCAAUGGACUCAGUUUCAGCAGCAGCCUUCAUGAUAACUCGAGAUCACCUUCGUUCCCAACGAUUACUCUAGACCUCACCGGCUCUCCGUCGCCGUUUGUCAUCAACUUACCUACAACACCCAGAUUUCCUUGGACGAAUCUCAACUUUUCUUCUCCGGUAUCCAACGUUUUACCAUCUGUUUACCUAGCUGGGAACCCAGAACCCAUCCAGGAUCAGUUCUACCAGACGUUAACCAAGGCAAUCACAUCGGACCCAAGCUUCAGAUCAUUAAUAUCUGCUGCCAUUUCAAUGGUGGAUCAAAGUAAUCAAAGAGCCAAGAGUUUUGGUCAUAAUCUGAUGCAGGCCACCGUUUCACAAAGUUUAAAGGAUCCAUCAUUAUGUGCAUCAGGCUACUUUAAAGGGCUUACAUCUUCAAGCUCUCGUAUAGCAAAUUCGCCUCAAUCAUCGCCUCUGUCCUUUUCUGUUUUCAAUAGUGCCUCUGCACUUGGUUCGGAUAAUAAAGAACCAAAGAAAUAGUAUGUAUGUA